AUGUCGGUGCUGGAUCUCUGCUGCUUUCAGCGGCACUCUAGACCGCAGCUGUCACCAGGUGCUGGGAUGCAACCACCGGGCGAGGGACAGCCAACCAGUGCGGAGCCUGCAGUCCAAACGGCGGUGGCAGUGCCAACAGCACCUGUUGAAGAGCCGCCACAGGCAGCGCAAAAACUGCUCCAAACAGGCCAGAAAGGUAGCAAAGGGCCUGGCAAGGGGCCAGGUAAAGGCCCAGGUGGCAAAGGGUCAGAGGCGCCUCUGACAUACAAGCAGAAGCAAGAUGCAGAGCUGGCUGCCAAGGAAGAAAGCCUCACCGCCCCUCGUGGGUUUGCCGGGAAGGAGCUGCUAUCUGAAUGGGAAAUCAAGGUUCUCGAUGGCGAAACUGACAUAGAGGAAGGACCGAUGCUCGGCCUCAACGAAGCACAUGCAACAGUAUGUGUCCGGCACAUCUACCAUCGUCCUGCCUGA